AUGGCUGUCAAGAGGGUGUACUUCCUGAUUCCUCCUGCCAGCCCUCCACCUGUUUUGACUUCAUGUAUUCUGCAGGGUGGUGAGGGCCGGGGUGCAGAUGAGGGGGUGAGACGCCAGCACAAGAAGGUUCCCCCCAAGAAGCCUCCAAGGUCACGUGCCAUGUCCAUGGAUAACCUCUUGAACUCUGAGGCUGAGAUGCGGCAGAACCUGUGUGAUGCCGUGCCUAGGAAGCGCCGUCUGGUGAUGCGCACGCCAUCCCGCCUCUAUCGCAUUGCUGGGCCUGAAGCGAAGGGAGCGGGCAGCUGGGGUGUGUCUGGAACACCUCACAUCCUUGGUCCAGAGUUUGUGGUGCGCAGCAAAGAUCCUCCAAGGGUGGUCAGUCUCCUGCAGGAUACUCAGGUGAAUGUGGUAAAGAGAGUGACGGUGGUGUUGGUGGCAGGAAACAGGCUGGAGGUGGUGUGUGACCCGGCCUCUACUCGGGUCAGCCAUGUCCUUCAGGCUGUGCACAGGACAGAGAGUCUCCCCCUGGCUGAGCACCUGGGCCUGGCUGUGCUGGGCAGUGGGGAGUUUCACUUUGUUGCUCCUCAGACCAAGCUGUACAAGGUGGCCCCGCCAGGCUGGAAGGAGCGCCAUCCCACCAAGGAUGGCCUCAUGCAGGACAACUUCACGCUGCACCUGCGUUUCAUGUGCUAUGCAAGGCUGAGCAGCAUUGAGAUGACAGAGAGCAGCAGCCGCCACCUGCUGUAUCUGCAGCUGCGCCACGACCUGCUGGAGGGCCGCCUGCUGCUGCCCCUUGACAACCUCCUGCAGUUGGCUGCCCUUGCACUACAGGCUGAGUUUGGGGACAGGAAGGACCAGGACCAGAGCUACUUCCUAUCUGAGCAUUACGUCCCUGAGUCACUGCUGCGUGGUGGCCAGGCAGCUACAGUAGUGGAGGAGCUGCAGCAUAGGCACGCAGCACUGGCUGGUCUGCCCUACACCAUGGCACAAUGCCGCUUUGUCUCCAUGCUGCAGGCUGCCCCACACUAUGGCACUCACUACUACCACGUGACUCAGGACAAGGGCCGGCAGCAGUGGUGGCUGGGGGUAGGAGGGGAGGGGGUGCUGGUGCUCCCAGGCGGUCCUCUUGGUCCUGAGGCAGUGGCCAGGGCUUCUCUCCAUCCCUGGGCUGCUGUCAAAAGACUGUCAUAUGCCACACAUAGACUCAACAUUGCUCUCAGAGGCUCUGACAAGCCAAGCAAGAUUAAGUUUAACCUCCAAGAAAACAGGAGCCGCCACGUGUUCUAUCUUGCCACUGUGCACCAGAGUCUGUAUCGGGAAACGACACCCCAAGCCUCCCAGCAGCAGGCAGCCAGCAACACUUCCUCUGCUGCCACCACUGCCAGGACAAGCCUUUCCUCAGCUGAUGCUCUUGAGGAUGUAGUAGAUUCUGGAACUUGCCUGGAAGCUGCAGGGGCUGCCGAGCCCACGUCUGGGCUAGCAAAGGUGUCUGCAGCCCCAGCAGGAGACAGGAAGGGGGUAGCUCACCCAGCGUUGCCAGCAGCAUCAACGCCAGGCCACCAGAAAUCCUCUGAUAGUCUUUCUCGUGAAAACUUCCUCUCAGACAUCCUGUGGUGCACUGGAGGAGAUGAGGCAGAUGAGGUCUUCUCAGUUGAAAAUCUUGAAAAUGAUUACCAACAAAGACUUAGAAAGACGAGAGGUAUUGGAGUGACGGCAAGCACAGCUGAAAUACAAACUGAGGAAAGGAAAGGGGAGUCUGGCCCAAAGAGGACUGAGAGACCAGAAGGGGAUGCAGGAGUGACAGAAGGAAACAAAGUGUCUCCACCUCGAGUGUUCCACCAGCGGUCCAAGAGCAACGUAGAAAGCAGCAGCCACAGACUCGGCUGUGGAAGUAAUGUUGGUAGCAGCAUCAGGCCGGAGCUGACCCGAGAGUUUGGCAGUGACGAGUCACUCCUUUCCUCUCCAACCAAGGGCAGCGGUGGAGUCAGGAUGGGGACCAGGGUGUCGGCGGCAGCCCUGCAGAAGCGCCGGCAACACCAGCACCUCCUGGCCCACCAUCUGCCCAGCCUCCAGGAGCUCAACACAACCCCCACUGCUGUAGUUGUCGAGCCGUCCCUGAGGAGCGUCGUGGUGGAGGAGAGCGUGGACGAGUCCCUGGUGGAGAGAUUCCUGCUGUGCCCGUCGUCGUGGUCGCCGUGCGGGCCCGCCUGUGUGGAGCGUCGCCUCGCCUCGGUCACGCUUCACAAGAAGGACGGGUCCCUUGGGGUGAUGAUCGCUGAGGGCACCGACCACGGACUGUACAUCCAGGCGGUGUCCCCAGACGGCCCCGCGCACCAGCAGGGCUCCCUCAAGCCAGGUGACCGAGUGGUGGGCAUCAAUGGGCGCAGUGUGGAGAACCUCCCAUACAGUGUGGCUGUGGAUCUCCUGCGUCAGAUACCAGAAAAGGUCACUCUCCUUGUCUCCCAGCCUGUCCUCCCCACCUCCAGCACCCCCACCACCAACACCACCACCACCAACACCACCACCACAACCACCCCUGCUCCUGCCUCUGCUCUCCUGUCCCACCCAGCUCCUCACUCAGCAUGGUCAGAGGUAACACAGGCAGACUCAGCCACAAAAACAGACAUCUCGUGCCCAAAUACAACCCUGAGAAGCGAGUUUUCAAGGACAGACUCAGCAACGCCUCGAAGUGACCCAAGUUCACGGCCCAGUUCAUCCACGCCCCGAACCAACCUUGCAUAUCCUGAUUCUGGUUCAAAACUUGAUGUUCUCUCUCAGCAGAACUCAGUAUUGAGGAAGAACUUCUUUUCAAGCACAACUUCCAGCAGAACCACCCUGACACGCUCAGAGUCCACCUACAGAGCAGAGGUGCUGCAGACAGACUCCACGCCAGCCAGUGACUCCACCCCCACAGAGGGCAACACACCCAGAGGGGACUCGCCAACUGCCACGUCAGACACUUCUCAUCCAGACGCAGACAAAGUGAAAGUUAACUUACAAUGAAGACAUGUAUGAUGAAGAGUGCUUACUGCUGUGCUGUUGUUCUGCAGGUCAGCAGGCUCUUGUGAGGCCUGUUGGGGGAGUGACCUUCACCCAGGAGGUCAGGUCAGGGCCUG